UUUUUCUAAGGCGAAUACAACUCAACACUAACUAAGCUGGCUUAAUUAUUAUACUAGGCAGCUAAGUUAACGGUGCUCAGUGUACCCACAAAAGUAGUGCAUUGUGCAUAGAGGCGAAAUCAUUUUUCGCUUUCUGAUAAGACAAUGAACGGUCUAAUUGUAUUCAAUAGCGCUAACGAUGUUGCUUAUCAGAACUUAAAUGGACCACUUACAGAAAAAAUAUGCAGCAUUGCAACAGCACAAGGUCUGUUGUCAACGCCUGGGGCUCCACUGGACAGCAAUGUAUUGCUGCAGAUAUUCAGUCCGAUUAUUAGCUCCCAGCGAAUUAUGCAUUGUCAAUUUGAUAAUGCAUAUGCGAGUUUUCAGUGCGAAAAUGGCUUCAAUUUGACCUUUGGCGAGCUGUUGGGAUUUACAUUCUUGAAAAUUGGCCAAGUAGAGAUUGAGCAAUUGAUGCGGCAACUGGCUGUGGCUAUGACGCUGACCCGUUACUGUUAUGGUGCCAAUUUAUUUGGCUCACAAGCUGGCGCAAUGCAGCAGGAGCUGCUGACGCAGUGCAUCAACUGCUAUGAAUCGCAGCUAUGGCAGGAGGACCAGCAAGAGCAACAAGCCUAUUUGCUGGAGGCAUUGCCCAAGUUGCUUAUCAACACUGAAUUAAAGCGAACAGUGCACGUCACACUAGAUGCAUUGUUGGAGCAGCUGCGUCAAACUGGAGGACAGCAACGGACACACGCUCUACUGCUCGUCUCCAACAAGCUGGUGGCUUUGAAUAGCACACGCCAAGCGUUGCCCCUGGCACCGGCUGAUCUACUCUUCCUGGCCAUCCUAUCCCGUGCACUACAAUCCCAGAGAUCUCAACGAGCUGUAGCUGUCUUUCUGCAAGGGGUCACCCACGAUGUCAAUUCGGGUUGUGUGCCCUGCAUUGUGCACCUAUCCCGUCUGCACGGUCAUCAAGUGUUGCUGCAGCUCAUCGAGUACGGCCACAUGCCCUUGACCAGCUCCAUUUAUGACACUUUCUUUGUACUCCAGAAGAUUGUCGCUGUGCAGCAGCAGGGCGAUGCCGAUGCACUGAAGCCCGCCUACGAGAGUCUCGAAUCUUUUGUCAGCCAGACUUUGACGGCGCUCAAGCGACAUCUGAAGCAAAAACACGAGGAUUUGGAGAGCUGUGUGAAAAAGUUCACAGCCCGUUGGGAGAAUCUACGCAAAAUGUAUGUGGAGUUUUUCAAGAGUUACGAGCGUGAGCUGCUCGUACGCAUCGAAUCAAAUCUACCAGCCUUUGUGGAGGAGCUUAAGCAACUCUUUACGCUAUCCUUGGCCAGUUGCGACAUCGCCAGCAAUCAGCAACUGGAUCAACUAGCCGAAUCGGCAUCUGUUGUCGAGGCAAAGCUCUUGGAAUUUGCCGAAUUUCUAGCGGUUAAGGCAGCGCGUAACAUCUCUAUUGAUGCGUAUUUGGAAGACUUUCCUGGCCUGGUGCAUUUCAUGUACAUAAAUCGCAGCUCGGGGCAAAUGCUGGCGCCUGACUUACGUCAGGGGCAGCCACAGCUGUUGCCUAAGUCCAAGCUCUGGCAUAUGGUGGAAUUUACGCGCAACUAUUUGAAGAAGGGUCAAACGACAGUCAUGUGGAAGGAUCGUACAUUUCAUUACUCGUAUUUCCUGUGGUUCGAGGAUUUAUCGGGCAGCAUAUUGAAAUGUUCCUUCGACUUGCAGCAGCAUUUCCUCUCCACCGGGUUUGGCAAUGUCAACGGAAAUGGAGCUCAUAAAUCACCCCCAGAGCCUGGUUGCUUGCCUAUGGACUACUACAGCGAACUGGCCGAGCUCUGUUUCCCAAAGCUGGCUGGCGGCAAGGUGCGCGUCUAUGAAUUGUAUUGCAUUCACUUGGGCCUCGUGACGGCCACCUGUGCCGUGGAGCAUGCUCGCCGACUGGUAGCCACCAUCAGCGAUGUCGUUGGCGAGGGAACCUUCUAGAUUUAGUUACACUCGAUGUAAUUUAGAUAUUUAGCUA